AUGGGUAAAGAGAAACCUGGAUUUUUAUCUCCUAAAGCUAUAAGUAACAGAAUUAAGGCGAAAGGACUUCAGAAACUGCGAUGGUACUGCCAGAUGUGCCAGAAACAGUGCCGAGAUGAGAAUGGGUUCAAAUGUCAUACAAUGUCAGAAUCUCACCAGAGGCAACUUUUGCUUGUUGCUGACAAUCCUGGCAAAUUUGUCAACACAUUUUCACAGGAGUUUUUUGAGACAUUCAUUGAACUUCUGAGACGUCGAUUUGGCACAAAACGAGUCCACGGAAAUGUUGUCUACCAGGAAUACAUUGCCGACCGACACCAUGUGCACAUGAAUGCGACACAAUGGGUCACUCUCACACAGUUUGUCAAGUGGAUGGGCAGGCAAGGCUACUGCACAGUGGACGAAACAGAGAAGGGAUGGUUCAUCCAGUACAUCGAUAGGACCCCAGAGGCCAUCAGGAGACAGCAAGCUCAGGAGAAGAAGUCGAAGAUGGACGUGGACGAUGAAGAUCGCAGGAACAAGAUGAUUCAGCAGCAGAUUGAAAGGGACAGGAUGAGGAGACAUAAAGAUGGUGUAGAGGCUGCCAGCAUCCACAAGCCUACAGAGCUGAUGAAGGCAAGUGAGGAUGAUAAAGUGGUCUUCAAGAUCCCACUUGCUGUUGAUACAAGCAAGAUCACUACUUUGAAUUCGUCGAAAAAUGACCUCAAUGACCUUGAGACAAUGUCAACAUGCAGUAGUAGGAGUACUUCAUCGUCAUCAUCGUCCAAUGCUAAACGAAAACAAUCGGCUCUUGAUGAAAUUAUCAAGAUGGAAGAAACUAAAAAGGCCAAAAUAGGUCGGAAAGAUUACUGGCUGACUGAAGGAAUUGUCAUCAAGAUCAUCACCAAGAAAGCUGGUGAGCAGUACUUCAAAAAGAAGGCCGUCGUCAAGGAAGUGGUAGAGAAAUAUGGAGCUGUGGUAAAAUUGUUGGAGGGAGGUGACAAGAUAAAACUGGAUCAGGUUCAUUUAGAGACCGUUCUGCCAUCUAUCGGCAAGCAGGUGUACAUAGUGAAUGGUGCCUACAGAGGGCAUACGGCAACUCUACAACAGAUCAACAUUGAAUCAUUUUCAUGCAAUAUCACCAUAGAUGCGGGACCGCUAAACGGGCGACAGUUGAAGGAUAUCCCAUAUGAAGACGUCUGCAAACUACAUCAGUCCUGA